GAUUUUCACAAUAAAAUAUUUUUCUGAGAAACUCCGCUGGGUCUUUAAAGAUAAUAAAUACAAAAACAGUAGAUUAUGACUCAAACUAAACCCCGUCUGCGUUAGUUUUUUCUGAACAGUCUUUUCUGAUCCACGUACGGCUCUGUUUCUCGUUCUGGACUUUUACUUUUCUCCCGGAUGCUCCGUGCAGACAGCGGCUCCUCUCCGCUCCUGUGUCCGCUCUGACGCGUCUCCAGCCCGGCUCCGUUCCUCCGCUCUCCCGCUGUCUCCGGAGCUCCAAACUUCUCCCAGACCCGGAUUAUUUGCACGGAUUAUAAUUUCAGCCUCGUGGAUCUCCCGUUAAAUAAAGCCUCGGAUGGUUGUGUGCGGCGCCAUGGGACCCGGGCAGCCGGUCCCACCGCGGGAGCAUGGAGCGAGCCCGAGCUGCCUCUGAGCUCAGCCCCGAAACAAGCACCAGCGCCCGGCCGUGACUCAGGUAACGAGCCGGCUAGCAUUAGCACCACGGAGCUCACUUCUUUCAGCGGAUAACUUGUUAAUUCUAAAAUAAACAUAUUAUUUUAUCUACAAUUUAGUAUUUAAUGCAGAGCCCCAAAGCGUAAGAUGCAAGAUUUGUUUUUCCAGACUAUAGACCGAAGCCUCCAGGUUUGACACCGACCACAGGCUCCGAGCGGCGGCUCCCUGUCAGCUGAUGUCCCGGUUAGCAUUUAGCACUAGCCUUUAGCCUUUAGCCUUUAGCCUUUAGCAUUCAUUUAAACUCUGUUAACUGAUUUCAGCCACAAACUCUUCUCCGUGCUCCGUAAACUUCCUCUCGUAUCUGUAUCACGCUCGGGAAUAUUCGAUUUAUGGUUUGGAUUAAAUUUUUCUGAGGCUGAUUUUUUUGUACCGAGCCGUUUCCUUGUCCUGCCCGGGAAAGAGGCGCAGGAGCCGGAUCCGUGCCGCCGCGUCCCCCGGUGCCGCGGACUCCGGACGUUUAAGACUCUUCCUCGGUUCGGAUGGGCUUUGUUCCUCCGUACCGGCCCCCGGAGCCCCAGUGACCCGGCGGAAGGCUCCAGGGGACAGCGGACAGUGCUGGUUCCUCUCCGGGCUCUGGGCUGCUCCUCCCCGGGGACACUGCACCUGGACCGGGCCGGUUCUGACGGAGACCCGGGUCAUGGCGAACAUCAUCAAGGAGAUCGUUAGUCGGAACAAAAGGCGGUACCAGCUCGGAGACUUCGACCUGGACCUCACCUAUAUUUACCCAAACCUGAUCGCGAUGGGCUUCCCUGCCGAGCGUCUGGAGGGAGUUUACAGGAACAACAUCGACGACGUCGUACGGUUCUUCAACUCGAGGCACAAAAAUAACUACAAGAUCUACAACCUAUGUUCAGAGAGAAACUACGACCCCAACAAGUUCAACUGCCAGGUGGCGCAGUACCCGUUCGACGACCACUCUCCGCCGCAGCUGGAGCUCAUGCGUCUGUUCUGCGAGGACUUGGACUCGUGGUUGGGGCAGGACGCCAAACACGUGGCAGCGGUUCACUGUAAGGCGGGAAAAGGUCGCACUGGGGUCAUGAUCUGCGCCUACCUCCUCCACCGCGGCCAGUUCACCACGCCCGAAGACGUGCUCGAGUUCUACGGACAGGCGCGCACCACCGACCGCAAGGGUGUGACGAUCCCCAGUCAGCGCAGGUAUGUGUCGUAUUACAGUGUUCUCCUGAAGAACCGACUCCAGUACAAACCCACAGCCCUGCUCCUGCACAAGGUCCUGUUCCACACCGUGCCCAUGUUCACCAACGGAACCUGCAAUCCUCAGUUCGUGGUGUUCCAGCUCAAAGUGAAGCUCUUCACGUCAAACUCUGCUCUGACCAAACGAGAAGACAAACAUCUGCAGAUGGACCUGCCCCAGCCCCUGCCCCUGUGCGGAGACGUCAAGGUGGAGUUCUACCACAAGACCAGCAAGAUCACCAAGAAAGAGAAGAUGUUCCACUUCUGGUUCAACACGUUCUUCGUCCCAGAACCUCCCCCCAAUGGACAGAACCACGAGAACGGAGGCUCCCAGCAGAACCGGAAGAGGGGAGGAGGAGGAGAAGAGGAGAGAGGAGAGGAGAGAGGAGGAGGAGCAGAGGAACAGAGCGGCCCGGACUUUCUCACCCUCAGCCUCUGCAAACAAGAGCUGGACAAAGCCAACAAGGACCAGAGCCACCGGAACUUCUCCCCAAACUUCAGGGUGGAGUUGUUUUUCACGAAGCCGCAGGAGGACGGCGCCGGCUCAGACUCCGCCUCCUCGGUGACGCCGGACGCCAGCGACGCCGAGCUCGACCAGUACCACUACUCCGACACCACGGACUCGGACCAGGACCAGGACUCGGACCCGGAGCCGGACCUGGACCAGGACUAUCAGGUGUCCCGGGUCUGACCUCGGGACUCGUGAGGCGGGACGAUCGGGACCAACGCCGCGACCUCGCACGACCUCGGGCUCAAACCGCCGACUGUAAAUAUACGGGACAGAGGGAACGCGCCAACGCCAACGCCGCGCUGCACACAGGAAGUGUUCAUGGGCGCAAUCCGGCUCAACGGACUCUGGCUCCAGUUCAGUUUGUGUGGCUCCUCUCUGACCUUUGACCUCUGACCCGCUCAACAAGACCCUGGGGUUUGGACUUCAACAUUUUGACCUAAAUCUGAACAUUCUUCUGUCGUGCGGCGUCCGUGGGUCAGACGUUCUUCUGUCUCCUCGUGGACUCGACUUUGGGACGAGAUUUAAAACCAAAUGUUGUUUUUUUGUGCUGAGUCAUGUCUCUGCUGGUUGGACGUUCUGCUGAGGCGCAGAGGUGGAGCAGCUCAGAUCAGGCUCACCACAGUAGCUUCAAACAUCAGGAUCUGCUCUGGCGCGUGGACUUUAAAACCCCAGAGGAGCACUCACAGAUCACCACCUGAUGAUGUCACCAGGUGGGACAGAGUGUAAAAGUCAGCGGCACGUAAACGAAACAAAACACAACUCCAGUACGGACAGUAUGGGGUUAAAGCCCCACUGCGGAACAUUUCCUCACAUUAGGGCAGGUUCUUUCUGGUUUUGUCAUUUUCCUGUCGGUACGGCGGCGGCGUUUCGUACGGCGGCGGCGUUUCGUACGGCGACGUCAAGUUUGUGUUUUCCAUGUUUCAGUCGGUGAAGCUAAACCUCCAUAAGCUGCACUUGUGUUCGUCCGUCAGGAUUCACUCAGAUGCCCCGCCAGGUUUGCACUUUAUACAAAUCAUUAAACUUAAAGCGGAGCUUUUCUCAA